AUGCGAUCAAUCCUCGGCCUACCACUGCUCCUGGCCCUUCUGGCCAACAAAGCCGUCGGCAAGGCCGCCUCAGCUCCUUCUUCCACCCAGUGCCUCACCUCGAGCGUUUCCAGAGAGGCAAGCUGGAAAGCAUGCUGUGGAAGCGGCCAGACGGGUGGCACAGCCGACCUUGAUGGCAUAUCAUUCGACUACACCUGCAACACCUUCCUGAGCCCCUCCAAGGAAUUCGACGGCGGCAACUUCGACAGCGCGUACAAAUGCGCCGCGGAGUGCGCCAAGUCCAACGACUGCGAAGCCGCGUUCUGGGCGGAAGGCUACAAUGCAUGCUUCUACACGACCGAUUCGCCCACGCAGAGCAUAUCCAGGAAGUCAUUCCUGAUGUUCCAGAAUAAGAGACCCACGCCGAAUCGCCAGCCGGGAGGGCCGACGGAUUGUCAGGAUUUGGUCGGUCAGGCUCAAACCGGCUGUCAGGAUUCGGAGAGGAAAAUCUGCGAUACGCGCGUUGCGGAUAAGGAGGGACUGCUGCGCGGGCAGUUCGAUAAGCAUAUUGCGGAUCUGGGAGAGCAGCACCGUGAGCAGUGUAACAAGCGCAUUGCAGACCAAGAGCAGCAGCUGAUGGGACAGUGCGACCAGAAGUGGUUCAAGCGAUGCAGCGACGACAAAGAGGAGCUCCGCAAAAAACUGGAGCAGGAUCAAGCUGCCCAGGAUGAGGCGCAUCGCAGGGUCUUGCAGAAGCUCCAAGAUCGCAUCGAUCAGCUUCAGAAACGCGACGGAGCUGGAAACGGGGGCAAAGACGACCAAGGAGGAUCUAAGCCGUCAAGCUCAGCAGGCAGUCCAGGCCUGCAGGUACCCAAGCAGAAGCAAUGGAAGUGCCCUGACCAGGACGGCAAGCAGUACACCGUGCUAGGCGUCACCUACCAGGUCUUCUGCCAUUCCCACCCCACUGGCCGAGCGAUCGAGGGCGGCAAAAUGGUCUCCGAGAAGGACCCGGGCUUCCUGAUGGCGCUGUGCUCUGUGGAUCACAACUGCCAGGGCAUCAGAGCCCAGAGCAACUAUGCUGACUUGGUUGGGGACUGGGAGAGCCCUCCAAAGAAGACCAUCAAGUACCGCGACUGGUGGAGCAUCAUUCCAGUCUCGCCAAAGCCGACCCAGAGUGCUAUGGCGCCUGAUCUCUUCAGCCGUCCUGCCGAUGGUACCGCUGCAAGAUGCCCUGCGCUUGAUGGCCAGGUCCUGGCGGUUGGGGAAAAUCAAUUCCAGGUCAACUGCCGCAACAUGUAUGGGGUUCGAUACCCUUACCAGGCUCCCAUGGUUAAGGACUUCCGACAGUGUCUGGUGUUGUGCCUCUCUCUACAGGGAUGCCACGGGGUGGGCUUUUCCUCGUAUGGAUGCUCACUCAUUUAUGAGCCCAUUGCGCUGGAUGCGAAAUCACCAAAGAGCAUGUUUUCCUCUUCUUCAUAUCUGGCGAUGCUACGGGUGUAA